CAGUCAAGAUGGAGCCGGCUGCUGCCGGUCUCUGCCCGCUGACUGUGAACAACAAGCAGCCCCAGCCGCCGCCACCUCCGCCGCCGUCAACCGCGCAGCCUCCACCCGGGGCACCGCGGACUGGCGGGGGACUCCUUCCCGGGGGCAAAGCUCGAGAAUUCAACCGCAACCAGCGUAAAGACUCGGAGGGCUACUCUGAGUCUCCAGACCUUGAGUUUGAAUAUGCUGACACAGACAAGUGGGCUGCAGAGCUCUCAGAGCUUUACAGCUACACAGAAGGGCCAGAAUUCCUGAUGAAUCGAAAAUGCUUUGAGGAAGACUUCCAGAUCCAUGUGACAGACAAGAAGUGGACCGAGCUGGACACCAACCAGCACCGUACCCAUGCCAUGAGGCUCUUGGAUGGCUUGGAAGUCACUGCCAGAGAGAAAAGACUCAAGGUGGCCCGAGCGAUUCUCUAUGUUGCCCAAGGCACCUUUGGCGAGUGCAGCUCGGAGGCAGAGGUACAGUUCUGGAUGCGCUACAACAUCUUUCUGCUCCUGGAGGUGGGCACAUUCAAUGCCUUGGUGGAGCUUCUGAACAUGGAAAUAGACAACAGUGCUGCGUGCAGCAGUGCAGUGAGGAAGCCUGCCAUCUCCCUGGCGGACAGCACAGAUCUGAGGGUCCUGCUCAACAUCAUGUACCUGAUUGUGGAGACUGUUCACCAGGAGUGUGAGGGUGACAAAGCUGAGUGGAGAACAAUGCGACAGACCUUCAGAGCUGAGCUGGGCUCCCCAUUAUACAACAACGAACCAUUCGCCAUCAUGCUGUUUGGGAUGGUGACCAAAUUUUGCAGUGGCCAUGCUCCCCACUUCCCUAUGAAGAAAGUUCUGCUGCUGCUCUGGAAGACAGUAUUGUGCACACUGGGUGGCUUUGAGGAGCUGCAGAGCAUGAAGGCUGAGAAGCGCACCCUCCUGGGCCUCCCCCCACUGCCUGAGGAUAGCAUCAAAGUGAUCCGCAACAUGAGGGCUGCCUCUCCUCCAGCAUCCGCCUCAGACCUGAUUGAACAGCAGCAAAAACGGGGCCGGCGGGAACACAAGGCUCUGAUAAAGCAGGAUAAUUUGGAUGCCUUCAAUGAGCGUGAUCCCUACAAGGCUGAUGACUCUAGAGAAGAGGAAGAGGAGAAUGAUGAUGACAACAGUCUGGAGGGGGAGACAUUCCCCCUUGAACGUGACGAGGUGAUGCCUCCCCCGCUACAGCACCCCCAGACUGACAGGCACCUGCCAAAGGGUCUCCCAUGGGCUCCCAAGGUCAGAGAGAAAGACAUUGAGAUGUUCCUCGAAUCCAGCCGCAGCAAGUUCAUAGGCUAUACUCUAGGCAGCGACACAAACACAGUGGUGGGGCUGCCAAGGCCAAUCCACGAAAGCAUCAAGACUCUGAAACAGCACAAGUACACAUCGAUUGCAGAGGUCCAGGCGCAGAUGGAGGAAGAGUACCUUCGCUCUCCUCUCUCAGGGGGAGAAGAGGAAGUCGAACAAGUGCCUGCAGAAACCCUGUACCAAGGCUUGCUCCCCAGCCUGCCUCAGUAUAUGAUUGCCCUCCUGAAGAUCCUGCUGGCUGCAGCUCCCACCUCAAAAGCCAAAACGGACUCAAUCAACAUCCUAGCAGAUGUCCUGCCUGAGGAGAUGCCCACCACCGUGCUACAGAGCAUGAAGCUGGGUGUGGACGUGAACCGCCACAAAGAGGUCAUUGUUAAGGCCAUUUCUGCUGUGCUGCUGCUGCUGCUCAAGCACUUUAAGUUGAACCACAUCUACCAGUUUGAAUACAUGGCCCAGCACCUGGUGUUUGCCAACUGCAUUCCUUUGAUCCUAAAGUUCUUCAAUCAAAACAUCAUGUCCUAUAUCACUGCUAAGAACAGCAUUUCUGUCCUGGAUUACCCUCACUGUGUGGUGAAUGAGCUGCCAGAGCUGACUGCAGAGAGUUUGGAAGCAGGUGAUAAUAACCAGUUUUGCUGGAGGAACCUUUUUUCUUGUAUCAAUCUGCUUCGGAUCUUGAACAAGCUGACAAAGUGGAAGCAUUCAAGGACAAUGAUGUUGGUGGUAUUCAAGUCAGCGCCCAUCCUGAAGCGGGCCCUGAAGGUGAAACAAGCCAUGAUGCAGCUCUAUGUGCUGAAGCUACUCAAGGUGCAGACUAAGUACUUGGGGCGCCAGUGGCGCAAGAGCAACAUGAAGACCAUGUCUGCCAUCUACCAGAAGGUGCGGCAUCGACUGAACGAUGACUGGGCGUAUGGCAAUGAUCUUGACGCUCGGCCUUGGGACUUCCAGGCAGAGGAGUGUGCUCUCCGUGCCAACAUUGAGCGUUUCAAUGCCCGGCGCUAUGACCGGGCCCACAGCAACCCUGAUUUCUUGCCAGUAGACAACUGCCUACAGAGUGUCCUGGGCCAGCGGGUGGAUCUUCCUGAGGACUUCCAGAUGAACUAUGACCUCUGGCUAGAAAGGGAGGUCUUUUCCAAGCCCAUUUCCUGGGAAGAGCUGUUGCAGUGAAGCUGAAGAAGGUGAUCUCCCACCUGCGGACUAUCCUGUCAUUGCUGCAGUGCUCCUGUCCCCCUCCAGGUGGCAGCACAGUCCCACUGUGCCAGCCCUGUGCUUGUGGGUGAGCCCAGGUUGGCUCUGGUUGAUUCCCAGCAUCCUUCUCAGGAGCAGUCAUCUCUCUGCUGGGGUCUAUUCUUCCCUCACUCCUCCCAGUUCCUUCCUCUUUUGGACAUUAUUGGUUAUAAUUCAUUCCACAGUCUUAAGGCUGGGAAAAGCUGGACUGGGCUGGGCACCCUUUCUCAUUACAUUUGAGUUUCAGGGUCACACUGACUCCUCCUGAGACAUACAACUUUGGCAUGUCACAUCACCUUGCCAAAAGCUUAGAUGAGAAGCCAAGACCAAAAAUUUGGCAUUUUGGUUGUGCUGUAUCAGGAGGAGAGGGGAGUGGGUUGAUGUCAUUCCAGCCUCCUGCUAAGUUUCAUCCAGAAGCAAUAGCAGAGGCUACUGUAGCCACUACGUUAUCAGAUUUUGGGUGGGGUUGAGGUCUGGAGAGGGGCUUCCCUUAACCAAAGGUUCCAGUUUCCUCUUGGUUGCAAGGGUCUGUAAAUAUAUAAAUCUGUGUGUGUUCUCUUGUGUUACGUUGGGGUUCUUAAUGUAUUUGUGUAUUCUGUUUACAUUAAAAGGAACAAAAACAAUCCCUGUUGCCUUGUCUGCAGGAAAUACAGCCUCUGAAAAUCUCCAGUUCUUGAAAGUAGCUU